CUUAAAAUGCCGUGUCUGCUCGUCCCUCCCUCAUAUCGUCUGAGGCCCGGCUUGAAGGAUGGACCGAGCCCCGCUGCUGCUGCUGCUGCUGCUGUCCCUCUGGGCUCUGACUGGACGGGUGUCCCCGCAGGCUGCAGGGUUGUGUCCGGAUAGACUUCUGGGAGAGGAGAGCAGGAGGACGUGUCCUCGGCCCUGCAAGGCCGACCGGGACUGUGGCAACAGGCGCCAGUGCCUGUGUGACGGCCAGUGUGGGCUCAGCUGUGUGGCUCCAGGUCGGACUUGUCCCUGGCCUCUGCCCCCCAGUGAGGACUCAGAGGCUCGUCUCCUCUCUCCCACUCACUCCUUCUCGGCCCUGCUCGAAGUACGCUGCAAGCCAGGCUUCGCGUUGCCCAGUGGCCUGGACGCCACCAUCCGCCGUUGUCAAGGUGACCGACGAUGGAGUGGGGAGGAGCCCAUCUGCACAGGGACUCGGUCACCUGCUUCUACCCAAAGCUGCCCUCUGCCCGAGGACAUCGUCGACACCUUCAGCAUCCAGGGCGACGCUGCAGCCGGCACCUCCAUCCGCUACACCUGCCUGUCUGGGUCCGACAUUGUGGGCAGCAGGGAAAAUUUCUGCCAGGAUAAUCAGACCUGGCAGUAUCCUCACCCCAUCUGUAAAGAAGUGUACUGCCAGCCUCCUCGAGAGGUGCAGCAGGGCUACGUGGUGGCUGUUCAGAAGACUGAAUACGAAGUGGGCUUCGACAUCCACUACCUGUGCAAAAAGAACUUCCUGCUGGAUGGACCCCAGAAGGUCACCUGCCUGUCAAACGGGAGCUGGAGUGCGUCCCCGCCACACUGCAGAGCGCGCUGCCUCAUCCCCGCUCAGCGAAGCCGCGUGGUGAUCGGCGGAGUGAAGCGCUGGCCGUUUGACGUCACGGACACCUUGGUUCCUCAUGGUGAACAUGUGACGUUCUUCUGCAAGCACCCGAGGAAGCAGUGCAGCUUCUCUGCGACACAGACGUGCUUCGACGGGAGGCUCCAGACGCCGGCCUGCUACCUCGAGCCCACAUGGUUGCAGUUUAAACUCUUCCCCCCACCGGCUGGUGUCAGAGAUCGAAGCGUGUGGGCCCGAUGAUGUCGAGUGAAGACCCCCCCCAUGCGUUCAACACAACGGGACACCGCGGUCCCAACGUUGAACGUCGUCUCCUGACACUCAGCAUCCUGCACCCGCGCUGCGAUUGUGAUUCGUGGCUUCAUGGUUUCGUACAGUGACCUUUGGCCUUCUCCACCGCCCGCUGUCAAACAAAUCGUAACCUGCAAACCCACCCCGAGCGUUACCCUGUGCCCCCCCACCCACCCCCCUCUGCGGCUUCAGCCAGGACGCAUCCAUGCGAGGACGCGCAUGUAACACGUUUACACUUGUCCACGCGGCUUUAUCAAUAACGACUCGACUCUGUGAUAUUUCACUGUGUGACCUUUUUAUUCCUCCUGUGGACGCAUCAAGUCUCGAGGCUUGUAAGAUGUUUAACGAUGAAAAAAUAAAGUGAGGUCAAACUGG